AUGUCACAUCAUUGGAAUAAUGUUUACUACAUGGAUUACCCACCAAUGGAGCCCCCAUUCUAUCAGUCCCCCAGCUCGGCCCAAGUGUUUGAACGAUAUUAUGUGAAUCAACGAGGCAUCGUGGCGCAUCCAACUAACUAUUGGCCAUUCCCGCAUCAAGGCACAACUAAUGUCAGCAAUCCGCCCACUCGAAGAUCUUCUCGCUUCCAGUCAAACAAAACACAAAUGUCUAGGCAUUCCGUUGGAAGAACGAGUUUACAAGGCGAAAACACACUAUUUGGUUCCAUGAAAUGUCACAAGAAGAACGAGCCAACGAGUAUUGGAGCACUUCCACCCCACCUCGCGGAUUUGAUUUUUGCAAAGUUGAAUGGGAAUGAUAGAGCAAAAGCUUUUCGUACUUGUCGUGUAGCAAAGAAUUUGAUCACAAGCCGAGGUCUCCUCAACCAUCAUGCCGAUGUCUUUUUGAUUUCGGAAAAGUCGAUCAAAAAUCUUGUCAUUUCCAAUUUCCUGUAUGGUGACACUUGGAUCUUUGAACCGUACUUCCUGGACCAAAAAGUUGAACGCCUAGAACUUUUGCUUAGCGUCACCGACUCAUUAAUCCAACAUGCUGACAUACUUGGAACUUCAGUUCAACAUGCGGAAACAGUCUGGAUUCGGCAGAAUCCUGCAGACAAGCUUCCAUUCUCCGGCCGCUUUCUUGAAAAGCUGAACCAAGAAUUGUUCAAAAAGGCCUCGUUCGUUUGGAUUGAAGGACGUUUUGAGAAAGAGAUGACCGUUGAACAUCUGCACUUGGAGAAAGUACGAAUGGAUCAUGUCUACACGCCAUGUAUCGAGCAUUUCCUGAUGCUCAUUGAAGAGGACAUUUUGCCAUAUCGCGUUAUUGAGCGCAGUUUCCAUGCGACACAUGGGUAUUGCCUGAAUCGCCCAGGACUCAUUGAGACUCACAAUUUGAUGCCCUUACCUUCUACAACUAACGUUCCUGUGUAUCUUCUUCAAAGUCAAACUGGUGUCUGCUACCGAGUUAGUCUUCCACACGCAAGUGAUUGUCCGCAUCCAGACGAGCACGCGCAUAGUGUUAUUGUUUGCGAAUGGGAGUUUGCUUCUUCCACCCCACCACUUGGAACAGAGAUCAAAAUGGACGAUCAGGAAGAAAUGAGGUAUCCUCAGGCGCUGCCUUCUCCGAAACCAAAAUACAUGUAUUGUUAU